GAGAGAGUCGAAUAGCAGGAGAGAGGGGGAGAGAGGAAUAGAAAGAAGAGAGAGAGAGAGAGAGAGAUACAGACGCGCAGCUGCUUCUGCUGUGCCGCCGCCUGUGCGCUCCGGUCUCCGUGCUGCUCCCGCCACCGCCGCCGGAUAGAAGAAGCGGCCGCCGCUCGCCAGCCCUUCCCCAGCCCCUUCGCCUUCUUGCCCCCUCCUCGCGAGUAAGCCGCGGAGGGCGAGCAAAGCAGCACGUGGAUUGCUAAAACGGGGCAAGAAAAAGGAGGAGAAGGAGAAGGAGCCGCCGGCUGCAAACCAGCUUCCCCGCUGCCUGACUUAGGGGGACCCCUCCCCCCCCUCUCUCCCCCAAAUCGCCGGGGCGGAGGGAGCGAGAAGGCGGGACGCCCCCCCCCCCUCUAACCACCACCACCCCCAGCGCCGGCCGUAAACGCUCUCCAAUGCCAUCGCGGGCGCAGAGCCGGGCAGAGCGAUGGGCAAACUUCACUCCAAGCAUGCUGCUGCUUGCAAACCUCGAGAGAACCCCGAAGGUGAUAGCUUCGCCGUGAACGCCUCUCUGGCCCGGAAAGGGUUGGAGGAAUGGCCGGCGAACCCCAAAGGCUCCGGGGGUGACGGCGACGGCGGCUUCGGGAUCCCGCAAGGCUGCCCUCACCGGGCGUUUGGCAAGUGCCCCUCCGGCUCCAGGGAGGCAGCUGGUGAAAUUUUCAGGGAGGCGUUUGAGAACGAACAUUUUCAUCUCGAAGUUGCCCUGCCCCCAGAAAAGACGGAGGGAGCUUGCAGUGGUGAUGAAAGAAAGCCGAAAAAGAAACCGAUGGCCGGGCGAAUGCCAAGAAACAACUCAAAUUUGAGGAAAACAGCUCACACAGAUUUGGGAAACCUGCCAGCUUUAAAACUGUGUUUAUGUAUGCCUUUGCUUGAGGCAGCUGGUGAAAUUUUCAGGGAGGCGUUUGAGAACGAACAUUUUCAUCUCGAAGUUGCCCUGCCCCCAGAAAAGACGGAGGGAGCUUGCAGUGGUGAUGAAAAGAAAGCCGAAAAAGAAACCGAUGGCCGGGCGAAUGCCAAGAAACAACUCAAAUUUGAGGAAUUGCAGUGUGACGUGUCUGUUGAAGAAGACAAUAGGCAAGAAUGGACCUUCACUCUCUACGAUUUCGACAACAAUGGCAGAGUUACCCGUGAGGAUAUUACAAGCUUACUUCACACCAUCUAUGAAGUUGUGGAUGCUUCUGUCAAUCAUUCACCCAACUCGAGUAAAACUUUGAGGGUUAAGCUCACUGUUGCUCCAGAUGGGAGCCAAAAGAAGAGAAGCAUCAUGUUGAACCACACUGAUCUUCAAAGCUCAAGGCAUCGAGCAGAGAGCAAAGCUGGUGAAGAAGCUAGAAGUUGUGACAAGAAGCCAAGGGGUUCCCUCAGGUACCACCAUGGAGAAUCCAAGCCUGAUCCAAAUGGAUGCUACCAUCACUGCGUUGAUGAAAACAUUGAAAGGAGGAACCACUAUUUAGAUCUCGCAGGAAUAGAAAACUACACCUCGAAGUUUGGGCCAGGCUCUCCGCCGAUCACUCAGAAGCAAAAUCCAACCAUUCGGGUUGCCAAUCAAGCAAGAUCCCGUUCCCAUGAGCCAGAGGCCUUCCACGCCCACCAGCGGAGGUCCCCUGUGGUGGAUCCUGCCCAUAUUAAUUUGGUGGAAGCUUCGUACGCCAAGCUGGCAGAAAUCCAGCAGAGGCUGCGAAGUCAAGAGGCCAGCAGGCAUUUUGUGAAGUCUCCCAAGACUCAAAGCAAAAACACGGCUUCCGGUCACGCCGGAAGGGCGAUGAGAGGUAAACCCAUCCAAGGAGUACCGCUUCCCAUGGCUUCUCCUACUGCGCGGAUAGGCCAGAACCUACCUUACCACCCCAUGCAGUCCCAGCAGACUUAUAAGAAGCACAAGCAGAGGGGGAAAGAGACUCACCAACUGUGCAAAAGCUUCCCAGCUGCUCCUGGGACAGUGGUGGAAAAAGAGCACGUCAGAGAUCUGCCUGCGGUCAUCUUGUACGAAGGCCAACUUGGGCAGGUGAUCCAGAGACACGAGCAUCACCACCAUCAUGAACACCAUCAUCACUAUCACCACUUCUACCAGACAUGAAAUGGACUUCCUCCUUCUCCGCCUCUUGGGAAGUUCUCCCACACUAUGAAGGAAGGCAUGUUAUGGCCUCUUGGGUGGGGGGAAAAAGAUUGGUGUUGUCCUUAUUCAUGUUAGUAUUAUUGCUAUCACAUUUAAUAUUCUGCUAAAGCUAUUUUAGAACUUGUAUGAAAAACACUAAAAAAAAAUUAUAAUGGUGAUGAUGAUGAUGAUAAUAACCUAACAUUAUUUAUAUUAUGUGGAACUGUAUCGCUUACUUUAAUAACUUGUGGUUCUUAUUAUUUUGGAAAGAAUUGGCUUGUUCAACACACACACAUCUAAGAAAACAGCCAUAGAUAUCCUUAUGGGAAACUUCCCAUGAAUGCUUUGUGUAUUCAGAGAACACACAUGAAAGGGUGCGUGGAACUAGUCCACUCCCAGAAAUGUGCACCUCAAAUGUCAUCGGAACUUUGUGAGAAGUUCUCUGUGGUCCUGCGUGAAGACUUCUUACAUUCAAGGAGAACUUCAUGGUGCCUCCUUGAGCGUAGGUGUUCUCUUAAGCAAAACUCUGGAGAACUUCCUACUGAUGGGUGUUAAGAGGGGAGUGGGAUUCUGCUGGUGGAAAUCUGUAGUUGAACAUACACCUUGGCUCAUGCAAAGCCCUCUGGGAUGAGCUCUGUUUAAAACCUUAAACAUUGAAGCAAGCUUCCCUUUGUGAUAUUGGAAAAGAGGCUUUGAAUGAAUGGUUAGAUACCCUGUUUUCCCCAAAAUAAGACCUCCCCGGAUAAUAAGCA